AGUUGUAAGCAGCACUUGGAAACAGAGCACCAGUAAUAUGACUGGAGACAAAAGGUUAUAAGGAACUGUAACUACAUUCUCAGUUACAAAGAUGAAUAAUGAACUUAGAAGCCCCAAGCUCUAGUUGCAAAACAGAAUCCAGGGAAAUAUUUCACCAGGAGCUGAGUGAACAGAAAUUUCAAGGGGGAAAAAAAGGAGAAAGAACCCAGUACAAGAUGAGGAAGCCUGGAUUGUUGCCACGCUUGUUUAGGAAGAUUACAGAUAGGCACCAAGUGCUACGUUUACACUUUCUGAACACGGUCCUCUUGGUGCUUAUUUGGACGGGCAUCGCCAAAGCCCAGAAGGAUUGCACAGGUGUGGAGUGCAAGCAGCUGGAAAAUUGCAUUGAAGAAGUGCUCGAGCCGGAUGAAUGCUGCGCCUCUUGUCUACAGCAUGGCUGCACCUGUGAAGGCUACCAGUACUACGACUGCGUGAAUGUGGGCUUCGUCAAUGGCAAAGUACCCGAAGGGCAGUCUUAUUUUGUUGACUUUGGGAGCACCGAAUGCUCCUGCCCCAAAGGGGGAGGCAAGAUCAGCUGCCAGUUUAUGCUGUGCCCAGACCUUCCGCCCAACUGCAUUGAUGCUGUGCUCCCAUCAGACGGAUGCCCGCAGUGUGGACAAAUAGGCUGCGUCCAUGAAGAUCAGAAGUACACAGCAGGGCACACGUUCCAUAUGCCUCCAUGCAAGGUAUGCCAUUGCCCCAAUUCUGGAGGGGAUCUCAUGUGCUAUGAGCUCCCAGACUGUAAUGAAUCAACGUUAAACCCCCAUAACCCAUCUGAUACUGGAGACACUGAACCGGUGCGGCACUAUGAUGAUCCCUACAGCUAUGACCAGGAGGCCCCAGAAGGGGACACCACGCAGGUGGAGCCACCUAAGAAGUACUACAGUUAUUCAGCACACACGGGGCAAGAGAGUGUCGGCCAAGAGCAAAGUGAGGAUUAUGAUUAUCUUGCAAGCAGUGUCACUCCCCCUGCACCAACCCAUCCUGUGUUACACACAGAAGCUCUGUCACCAGCCAGCACAAAUGGUCCUACCAUGCGCCAUCAUGAAACCAGUCGGGCCACUGAAAAGAGUGAGGAAAGGAUUCCUACAAGCACAGCAUCAACACCCACAGUGCAGCAGAGACAUAACAAAGUGACCACUGCAAAGAGCAUUUUAAAGGAACGAGCUGUGGUUACAACCACAGAGAUGCCCUGGAAUAUGGCGGAAGUGGAGAAGAAAAACCCAGCAAAUCGAGAGAGAAAUGAGAAAGAAGAAAAUGCCCGCUUUCGAAUCAAACUAAACAUGAAAAAAGACAACAAGCAGAGAGAAAACAAAUUAUUGGGCUUAAGAGAGUCCAAUAUGACGCAGCUGCAGAGGCUAAACUCUUUGCUGGAGAAACAGGAAGGAGAUAAUUUCCCCCGGGUCAAGUUUAAUCCAACGCCACCUUCACCCAUUGCAUUGAAAGAAGACAACAACCAGAUAUUGCAAAAACAGUCUCAGACACUUUAUCAUUACCAGCCUGAAGAGGAUGUAGAUCCCAAUUCUGUUCAUACUUCUUCAAAGUUAACAGAAGGUUCAACCAAAGAUUUAAUUGAAACUUGCUGUGCUGCUGGACAACAGUGGGCCAUUGACAAUAAUGAAUGUACAGAAAUCCCUGUAAGUGGAACUGAUGGUGACAUUUGCAGAAUUGCUCAGAAGCAGUGUUGUGUCUCGUAUUUAAAGGAAAACAGCUGCAUUGCUGGCAUGAUCGCUGCCAGGGAAGGUGAUUUGUGCAGACCAGAUGAAAGUGAUACCUGUGGAGGGUCGUCUUAUAAGCAAUGUUGCGAUUGCUGUGCGAUGGGCCUACGAGUAAAAAGCGAGGGUCAAAGCUGUGAGUCCAACCCAAACCUUGGCUAUCCUUGCAACCAUGUGAUGCUUUCCUGCUGUGAAGGAGAAGACCAUCUGAUCCCUCCGGAACUAAAGAGGCACCCUGAACCGCUGCCAACAGUGACACCUGAGAAACUUUCAGAGAUUGAGGAUCACAAUGAAGCCUUGUCGAUCAGUAAUGAAGCCGAAUUGUCAAACAGUUUACCUGGGGAUGACCUGGAUGAGUGCCUUGUCUAUCCUGGAGAGCUCUGCCAACACCUCUGUAUCAACACCGUGGGAUCCUACAAGUGCUCGUGUUUCCCAAGAUUUACUCUACAGGAUGAUGGGCUCAGUUGCAAUCCAGAUCUUGAAGAAGAUUUUGAAAACACUGCCUUAGGGGACAAAGCCACUCUUGCGCCAGAAGCCUUGAAUAUUCAGCCUGCACAGGAAGACCUGAAGAUCCAGCAUGUACAAGCAGAGGAAGAUAAGUGUAAAGAUAAUGGUCCCUGCAAGCAUGUAUGUAAUGCUCUGGAAGGAGUGAUUGUGUGCUCGUGUUUGCCUGGAUUUGCACUCAUGUCGGAUGGGGUUUCAUGUGAAGACCUGGAUGAGUGCCUUACAGGUAUUCACAGUUGUUCCAGAAGACAAUUAUGUGUGAACACAUGGGGAUCAUUCUACUGUGUCAACCACAGUGUAAUCUGUGCAGAGGGCUUUGUACUCAACAUGCAUAGAAAAUGUGUGGAUAUUAAUGAAUGUGUAACAGAUGCUCAUACCUGUAAGAGAGGAGAACGAUGUGUCAAUUCAAUUGGAUCAUUUACAUGUCUUCAGCAACUCAGCUGCCAAUCAGGUUAUGAACUUAAAGAUGGAGAAUGUGUUGAUAUUGAUGAAUGUGAAAGAGGAACGCACAGCUGCAAGAUAAAUUUUGUAUGUCAAAAUACAAAAGGGUCAUUCUAUUGUGAAUCAAAGCAACGAUGCAUGGAUGGAUUUUUACAAGAUCCUGAGGGUAAUUGUGUUGACAUUAAUGAAUGUACAUCACUUCCUGAGCCCUGUAAAGCUGGAUUCAACUGCAUCAAUACUGUUGGGUCUUAUACUUGUCAGAGGAACCUCUUAAUUUGCAGCAGGGGCUAUCAUUCGAGUGAAGAUGGAGCUAGAUGUGUUGAUGUUGAUGAAUGCCAGACUGGUGUACACCGCUGCGGAGAGGGACAGAUUUGUCACAAUCUACCUGGAGCUUACCGCUGUGACUGCAAGAUGGGAUAUCAGUAUGAUUCAUUCAGCAGAACCUGUAUUGAUAUAAAUGAAUGCUGGAAUUAUCCAGGCCGACUAUGUCAACACUCCUGUGAAAAUACACCCGGGUCCUAUCAUUGUUCCUGUUCUUCUGGCUUUCGCCUGGGUUAUGAUGGGAAGCAUUGUGAAGAUGUCAAUGAAUGUGACAACAAUCCAUGCAGUCAAGAAUGUGCUAAUAUUUAUGGUUCCUAUCAGUGUUACUGCAGGCAAGGCUAUCAAUUAGCAGAAGAUGGCCAUUCUUGUAAAGAUAUCGAUGAAUGUGCACAAAGUGCAGGUAUUCUGUGCACCUUCCGCUGCCUCAAUGUACCUGGAAGCUAUCAGUGUGCUUGUCCUGAUCAAGGAUAUACUAUGGGAGCAAACGGAAGGACUUGUCGAGAUAUUGAUGAAUGUGCAAUGGGAACGCACAAUUGUACAACAGCAGAGUCUUGUUACAAUAUCCAAGGCAGCUUCCGAUGUCUUUUCUUUGAAUGCCCACCAAACUACAGAAAAGUAUCUGAUAUGAGAUGUGAACGUAUCAACUGCUUCAACUAUAUGGAGUGCCAAAACACUCCGCUGCGAAUCACUUACUAUCAGCUUAACUUCCAAACUAACAUUGUUGUGCCAGCUCACAUUUUCCGAAUUGGUCCCUCGCCUGCUUAUGCUGGAGACAACAUCAUCCUUACAAUCAACAAAGGAAAUGAAGAGAACUACUUCAGCACCAGAAAGCUUAAUUCCUACACAGGCAUCGUCUACCUUCAGCGGCAAGUGAAGGAACCCAAAGACUUUUUGUUAGAUGUCGAAAUGAAGCUUUGGCGUCAAGGAACGUACACAACUUUUCUGGCCAAAAUUUAUAUCUUCAUCACUUCUCAUGCAUACUGAGGCAUAUGCAAUGCCACCGGAGUUUACUGGUGCUACCGCCUUUAACUUUUCUACUGAGUUUGAUGACGAUGGUAGAAAAUCUAUAUCUAGCUUCUUAUAUUACUUUUUCUAGCUCUGCAAACAUCAUUGUUUUGGUAAAAUUAACUUAAAAUGUAUUGACUCAUCUCUUGUAUAACUCUGGAUUUUUAACUGAGCAAAGGAAGGCUUUGAGCUUUAAAGCAAAUAUAUGUACAGUAGUUACACUAUGUUCUAAAAUCUUCUGUUGGUACUGCACCAGUGACGACUUCAGAAUUCAUUUAAUAGCGGCGGGCGGGCAUGAUCUAUCCAAACUGAAGCAUUUAAGCCUGUAACCCCAGGCACAUCUAUUGGGGAAUAAGCCCCAUUGACAUCAAUGGAACUUACUUCUCAGUAGACAUGCAUAGGAUUGGGGUCUAAAUAUACUAUUGAUUUCAAAGGGACAUGGCCACUGAAAUCAGCGGGACUAUAAAAGAUGCUUAAGUGCAGCUAGAUUGGGUUUGUGGUUGGGUAGGAUACCAAUUUCUGGCCUUGAAAAUGCCUGAAGAAUAAUUGCACGGCAGACAAACAUCCAGAAAGUGACCUCCUUUUGACUUCUAAGCUUCUUCUGGUGCAGCUUUUAAAGGGGAAAGGAGCCUCUUUGGCAGAAGAUACAUGCAAGAUAUAAAGAGAGCUCACUGUGCUGUGAUUGCAUUGAAGAUCCUAGUUUUUUAUUCCUAUCUUUCUUUAGCAUACCAGAGAAGUCAGAUGCUUGUAUGUUACUGUUGCCUCUCCCCAUGCACUGGCUUGCCCUAUAGCUACAGCUGCUUCCUGUUCUUUCUCCAGCAAGGAUACAACAGGGUCUGGUGGCAGAAUUAAUAUUCUUUCAGGCAAGCAAGCAAGGCAGGGCAAGAUAGACAUAUAUGCAUCAGAUUUGCUAGUAUGCUAGAGACAAAUUUUAAUGUGCAUAUAAACUUCACAUCCAAUUCACAGCGCAGUGAACUCUCUUUAUAUUUUAAAUGUAUCUUCCAACUUUGAGUCAAGACGUGGCAAUCCUAAGGUUCUCAUGAAAGAAUGAGAUCCAGUCUUAGGUGCUUUGGUUACACCCAGUGUCCAGGAAAAGGCACCUUGAACAAUUUUCAAUGUCCACAGACCCAAUAGCGAGGGCUAAUUUGUACUUUAAUACAAUGAGGUUCAAAGCAAUUUACUAACAGUGUGAUUCCAAGCUCGCAGAGCCAGCUCAUAAGUGCUUAGGCUGGGGUGUAUCAGAACCUAUGGAACAACAUCAUCUGCAUUUCAGAGAUGUCACACCAGCACUGCAAAAUCAGUGCCAACCUUUACAUGGCAAACAUAAUUGCUGGGUGUAAAUCAUGUCUUACAGGAAGUAUGUAAAGACUGGACAACAUACACCUGGACCUUUCUGGCCCAGUGCCACCACACAGUAUCCUCAGGUAAAGGCUGGGGGCCCAGAGCCCAACACCACUGACCCCUACCUCUUCACUGGGCUGGUUGGGCCACUUUAAGUAUUUUGUUCCCCUUGCCAUCUGGUGCUAAGAGGAGCAGCUGCAGUGAGUGAGUGAGUGACUGAGUGAGUGGUCUUCUUCAGCAUUUUCCUAUGCUCCUGGCCAACACUAACUGGGAGGGGACCCAAUACGGCACUUUGCCGAGGGGUCAGUCUCGAUGUGUUUAAACCUGUGUGCACACCUGAAAAACCUAAUUGUACAUGUUGCAAUCAUGGCUGUAUGGAAUUCUGUUGACCAGCUGCAAAAGAGCUCCAGCGCCUUUAAUAGUUACCUCAAAAACUCCGGACUUUUGCAUAACAUUAAAGAUGCAGGAGCAACUGUCCACCCUAAGUGCAGAGCAGCCUUAAAUGUGCAUUUCCAGUGAUUUUAGCUGAGGUGCGAGAUAGACAUUCAGAGCGUGAUUCAGGCUGCAAUCCUAGACAAUGGGACUUAAUUCUGAAUAGACAUGUGUAGGAUUGUGCUGUUGGUCGUUCACAAUUAAAUGUCUUUUUUCAUUUAUUAUGCAGCGUUUUCUGCAAACGUAGGCCUCUAUCUAACUUACCUGCACCUAACGGGAGGAUGAUAAUCCAUGUAUAAAGUUUAAUAUUUUUUAGGCAUUUUCACGUCUAAGGAAAUAGAGGAUUGUGUUGUACUUUCUUGCUGAAAUUUGCAUUGCAGUUUGAGGCACUUGCCUGGCUUUGUAUUUAAAUUUAGUUCUGAAGGAACACGUUAUUUUCGAAAAAAUUUAGGUGCAGACAAGAUGUAUUAUACUCUUUCAAGGAAAUGCCAAAGAUGAAAUAUGCCAAACCAAAGAUGCUUAAUUUUUUAAAACACCUUAUUGAAUUGCAUGGCUAUCCAAUUAGAAAAUUAAGGUAAAACUUGAAGUAAACAAAUUAGAUUUGUUUUCUGCUUUUCCAGCCUGAAUCACAUGGUGAAAGUGGAAAUUUAUUUUGCAGCUUGUAUAGACCAUAUAUUAUACUAAUAGCACAAUGCAACUUUUAAAUUGUUUUGUAUUUUUCUAUUUUAUAUUAAAAAAAACUUGAUGAGGUCUAAAUCCAUGGGCCACAUGUUAUAAUGGAUAGUAUAAUCAAGCAAUUUGUGGAAAUAUACAAGUGAACAGCAACAUUUAAAAAUAAAUGUUCGGUGGUUUUUUAAAGAUAAAACAGUCUCUAGUGGUGAAAUUUUAUUGAACAUCUUUUAACACAGCUAUACAUAAUCUAUAAAAACAUUUGAUGAUAAAAAUAAUUAUGAUAGAUGAUAGAUAACUAUAUAAAAUGGUUUAAUCCUUUCAAUAUCUUAUAUUGGAUCUUCUGUUGUAUAUAAACAAGACACCAAACCUUAGGGACAUUUUAUAGUAGUAGAAAAUGUAUUAUGAAAUGCUGCAGUAUUAUGAAAUGUAAAAUAAUAAUUUGUGCUAUGAAUAUGAUUAAACAUGUAAAUGCUUCUUAUGUUUAAAGGGAGAGAAAGGAGAACGGGAAAAAGAUGUGCUAUCAUUGAUGAUUUUCUUCAAUGCUUUUUUUUGGUCUGGAUUUCAGUACACUGUAAAAUAUAAGUAUUGUUGUAGCUGA